UUCUGAGCGUGAACGCUGAGCGGUGGCUGCAGUGAGGAUCGGCUGUACAGAGCGACAGGGACAGUUACAGCCUCUUCUCCCACCCUUUUUAACACACACACACACACACGCACUCACUCACUGUCUCACUCACCCACUCACACUCACACAUCCAGCACUGGAGCUAAGGGGACCAAGACUCUGCAACCCGCUCUGCCAGCGCUAUGGGUUUGACCCCGAUGGGCUCCCCGCUCUGCUCACUUUACCUGCUCUCUUUCCUAGUGUCAGGCAUUGGGAGCCAUCCCAGUGAGGAGUCUGCAGCAGCUGGACAGACGAACCUUUAUUCGGUGAGCCAGUUGGACUCUGAUCUCCCACAAGGCAUUGUUGACGAUGAGACUGAACCGGUAAUAUUGGAGGAUGAUUCAUUGCAUCAACUUGAAGAUUUGCCAUUUCUCUUCCCUGUGCCAGAGGUUGCCCCAUCAGACUAUUCCGAUGUGGUUUGGUGGUUUACAUCCUGUGGAGCCAGUGGUCCCAAUGGCCCCACUCAGGCCCAGUGUGACAAUGCCUACCGCCACACUAACGUCUCUGUGGUUCUACAGUCGGAGGGCCCCCUCAAGGGCAUCCAGAUCUGGCAGGUACCUGCCACCAGCAAAUACAUGAUGUCUGCUUAUGGAGCUGCUGGAGGAAAAGGAGCCCGUAACAGCAAUAAGAGGUCCCAUGGAAUUUUUAUUUCGGCCAUCUUUCAUCUGGAGAAAGAUGAUCUACUUUAUAUCCUCAUUGGACAGCAAGGAGAAGAUGCCUGCCCAGGGAAAGAUGAAAUGACUCAGAAGAUCUGCUUGGGAGAAUCCUCCAUCAUUGAAGAUGAAUAUGAAGCUAAUAAUGCCAUGACAGAAUGGGCCGGAGGGGGAGGUGGUGGUGGAGGUGCAACUUAUAUCUUCAAGAUGGAGAAUGGGGUUUCAGUGCCACUGUUGAUUGCUGCAGGAGGUGGUGGUAAAGCAUAUUUGGAGGACCCAGAUGCCGUAAUGGACGAUCUGAUGGUGGAGCAGUAUGAAAAUGAUACGUCAGUACCUGGAUACAAUGGACAACUUGGGGCAGCAGGUGGAGGUGGAGGUUGGAAUGACAUUACCAAGCAUUCUUGGGCAGGAAAAUCCUUGAUGGAAGGUGCUAAGGGGGGCAGUGCAUGCCCCAAGGCUCUGAAGAAGCUGAAGUGGGCAACACACGGAGGCUUUGGAGGGGGUGGUGGGGCUUGUACAUCGGGAGGAGGAGGUGGUGGAUACAGAGGGGGUGAUGCAUCAUUAGCUGAUGGGAUCACCGCGGAUGGCUAUAACGGAAUUUCAUUUGUCCAUCAGGCCGGAGAGAUCUACCUCCACCCAUUGGCAGGCAUGGAAAGUCACGGAGAAGCUGAAAUUCGGAUCCAUAUCAACUGUAGCCAUUGUGAGUCAGACAACUGUGUACGGGACCAAGAGGCCAAGAAGAUCGUGUGUCUGUGCCUGGGUGGGAAAGUUUUAGCCAAAGAUAAUGUUACCUGUACAGUUCCUGGAAGUGCCAUUCAAGAAAGUCAUCUUCCUUUCUCCCUCAUAAUUGUCGUGGUUACGUCCACCAUUGUUACUGGUGUAGUUCUAACCUGUGCUGGACUUGCUCUCAUUUACUACCGCAAGAACAACCGGUUCCAGGCAGUGAGCGUGAAGCUGCAGAGCCCAGAGUACAAGCUGAGUAAGAUCAGAACCUCAACCAUCAUGACUGAUUACAAUCCAAACUACUGCUUUGCUGGCAAGGUGGCAUCCCUCAAUGAACUCAAGGAAGUGCCCAGGAAAAACAUCUCCUUGCUGAGGGCUCUCGGUCAUGGUGCAUUUGGUGAAGUCUAUGAGGGCCACGUGGUGGGAAUUGGUGGAGAGUCUGCACCUUUGCAAGUGGCAAUCAAGACUCUUCCAGAAAUCUGCUCUGAACAAGAUGAAAUGGAUUUUCUGAUGGAGGCUUUGAUUAUCAGCAAGUUUAACCAUCAGAACAUUGUCCGUUGUAUUGGUGUGAGCUUGCAAGCCUUGCCUCGGUUUAUCCUCCUGGAGCUCAUGACUGGAGGAGACAUGAAGACUUUCCUUCGUGAAAACAGGCCCAAAGCUACACAGGUAAUGACAUUGACAAUGCUGGACCUUCUGAACAUGGCCAAGGAUAUAGCUUGUGGCUGCAAAUACCUGGAAGACAACCAUUUUAUUCACAGGGAUAUUGCAGCAAGAAACUGUUUACUAACCUGCAGUGGACCCAGGCGAGCAGCCAAAAUUGGAGAUUUUGGGAUGGCUCGAGAUAUUUAUAGGGCAAGCUACUACAGAAAAGGUGGACGUGCCAUGCUGCCAGUCAAGUGGAUGCCUCCAGAAGCUUUCCUUGAAGGAAUUUUCACCUCCAAGACAGACACAUGGUCAUUUGGUGUGUUGCUGUGGGAAAUUCUGUCACUUGGAUACAUGCCAUACCCCUGCAAAAGCAAUCAGGAAGUCUUGGAGUUUGUAACGAGUGGUGGAAGAAUGGACCCACCGAAGAACUGCCCUGGGCCUGUAUAUCGCAUUAUGACCCAGUGUUGGCAGCACCGACCAGAAUAUCGGCCUGAUUUCUCCACCAUAUUGGAAAGAAUUAACUACUGUACACAAGAUCCAGACAUUGUCAACACGCUCCUCCCUGUUGAGUAUGGCCCAACGGCAGAGGCUGAAGGGAAUACGGUGAUCCGACCUGACAGCUCUGGUGGUGUGACUCCACUGCUGAGGGUCAGCUCGACUCUCACUGCCAGUCAGAUGGCGGAGUUCCUGCAAUCUGGGUCGAAACUCCAAAACCUUCAGGAGUUGCCAAAAGGAGAAACCUUUGGCACCAAGGUGGAGAAUGGCUAUCAAACAGCCCCCACCAGCAGCCACUGGCUUUACUAUGAAGCUGGGGCCGUUCACUCCUCUGAAGUAAAACCUCAACAGGAGCAGAGGCUGAGGAACGAAACCAAAACCUUGUGGAACCCCACUUAUGGAUCCUGGGUCUCCAAGAGUUACCAGAGAGCUUCAGCGCCCUCUGAGGUGGGAGAGAAGCCCCUGAAUGCCCCUGAGAGGGAGGACUCAGGCUUAGAUUGCAACAGCAUCUCCCCACCAAGCUCCCGGGAAUCCCCUUCCCCAGGCAGCCACACCCUGGCUUUAGAAGUUGGAGGCCAGUCGCUUCUCAAAGCGCAGAGCUUCCCUUGUGGAAAUAUCAAUUAUGCUUAUGAUGGAUUGUGCAUUGAUACAGACGGUGCCCGUGUACCACGGGACUCAAGUGAGGAGGACGGUCCCAGGCAGAAGAUGGCACGUCUCAGCAAGGAAAUGCAUUGUCUUUACAACCCAGAGAAGUCAGCAAGAGAUCGUGACUCAGGCCUGUCACUGUCAGAAGACCUCAGCAUCACCUCUGUAUGAAACCUAACAGGGAUCUGAGACACGUGCCACAUUGCACGAUCAAGUUUCAGUUAUAAUCUAUAAGAAGUAAAGAGACACAAUUCCAUUUGACACUGUACCUAGAUUGGAUUGCAAGCUCCCUCCAAGGCUGGGAGAUCUUGAUGGGGUUAAAGGUAGGAAAUAAGCAGCCUCAUUAGGUUGGAAGGCCAUUAAAAACCUAGACAGGAUUCUUUCAGUCUGCUCAUUUUUCUUUGAUAUUAUUGAUAGGAAGAGUGCAUAGCCCAGAAGAUCUCUAAUCCGGACUCUGUAGCUAUUUCCACGCUGGUCCUGCAAAUCCUCCUUGUAAAUGGAACACUUGGCUAAGUGCCAUGUUCCCUGUAGAACAGCCUGGUAAAGAACUGACUAAUCUGAUUGAAUUGGGGAUGAUCAGCUCAAACACCAGAAGAAACUAGAAUUCACAUCUCUGACCCCACCGAUACUUUACGAAGUGAGUGAGAAAGGGCUGGGGCUUUGAAGUCAUUGACCUAUUUUAAUGAGGGAAAUGUGAUGUUCUGGUGGUACAGAUUGGGAUUACAGUUCAUGUUGAAAGUCCAACACUAUAACCAUUGCAAUAUUUUGACCAACUAUUCCCAAUUAUUUGGACCAGUUUGAAAGAGUUGUCCAGCUGCAAUUGUUGUGAGCUGCAGCUGUAUCCCUGGUUAUCAUCCCCAGAUGUACUUUGAGGAUCAUUGACAGACUAUGCAUUGUAUUCCUACAACUGGAGAAAAUAUACUGGAGAAAAUGUCACUAAUUAUCAGAGGAUUCAGGAAGAAACUACAUUGAUGCUUUGUAGUAUCGUCUGGUAUCAGAAAGAAAUGCUACAACUUGAUUUUUGCUGUGUUCGUCUUGGUAGACUGGCCUUUGUAGAAGUCUCUAGUUUUUUUUGUUCAGUAUUUUCUGAUCUGAACUGAGAAUUGGAAUGGGGGAGUAAUUUGAACAAUAAUUGGGGUGGAGUACUUGUUUGAUGUUUGUAUAGCACACUUUGACCCCAGACCCAGCCAUUCAGCUUCUCACCUUCACCGUCCAACUAUAUUCAGCAUGUCCUAACCUCCCUUCCUAGUUUCUGUCCCACUUAGAGCAUGAUGGCAAAAUCUCCUAAAGCCUCCAAUGUAUCUCUCACUUAACGUGGUGAGCUAAUUUCAUGUAGGUCAUUUCCAAUCCCAGGUCCACCCAUGAUUUGGUCAGACCUAUUCUUCCUGUGUACACAAGACUCUGUUGAGCUUCUUACAUGUUAUUGACAUGAAGACUGAUCUAUCGAAUCUUUUUCCUUUCUGAGUGAGUGAAGGUUUUUCCAGAAGACAGUAACUUCAGCAAGACUAAUUAGCAAUGCAUCAUCAAAGAUGGCUCCAGAAGCUCAGUGCUGGAUGCAGUACUGCUGUAGACAGACUUUCCAAUCCUUCCUGAUAGCUUUGGUUGGAAAUGCAUUGAGUGCAAGUUGCCAGGAUGUGUUCCUAGAUGCUUUAUCAUACUCCCUCCUCCCCCACUCAGUCAAACAAGCAUUCCCUUUCCAAUGUUGUUCAACAUUGUUUUCAAGGAAAUGGGUGAAUACAGCGUGUGUUCAAUGCUGUAUUAUAUUUUACUAAAUAGUUGCUCCCAGCAAUGAAUCCCCAGAGCAAUUCUGGAGGGCUGCCAAGACAAUUCAGUACCCUGCUUUAUGUUAGCUCCUGUGCAAAAGUUUGUAUUUAUUUUUUAUCCAAAUAUUUCUUUUGGUUCAGACAUUGAGGAUUUGAAGUUUGUAGGUACAUUGACUUUUGAUGAUAAACGUAAAUGUAUGUGCCAAUCACAUACACCCUGAAUGUGGAGUCUUUUCAGCUAUAUCAGGUAGUUAAAACACUGUGAGAUUACUUUCAAUAAUAGUUAAUGUUGCUGUAGUUGAUAAGUUAUUUUUAUCUCAGAACCUCAGUAGUUUACUAACGUACUUAACUCAAUUGCUGAUUAGAACUAACUUGCUUCAAUUGACUAGCAAAAGUAAAAUUCUGCAGAUGCUAGAAAUCUGAAAUAAAAACAAAGGGGUGGCAAUUCUCAGCAGCGUCUGCGGAGAAAGAAACUGUGCAAAUGUUUUCAAGUUGGAGUUCUGAAGAAGUGCCCUAUCUAACUUGAAAUGUGAACUCUGUCUGUCUGUCUCUCUCUCACACACACACCACAGAAGUUGCCAGACCUGCUGAUUUUUUUUCCAACACUUUCUGUUGCCAUCCUUUCAGCCUUGCUGAAAGGCUAGGACUUGUCGAAUUUUAAAACAUAUGUCACAUAACAUUGAAAAUGACAGUUAAACAGUAUUGGAGAUAUUCAGUAUGUCAGGCAGCAUUUGCAGAGGGAAAAACGAGUUGAAUGUUUCAGGUCAAUAACUUAUCAUAUCGCUUACUAUCUCCUCAUGUGGCUUUUCAUCACAUUUGUCCCGUCACAGCUACUGUGAAGCACCUCGAUACAUUUCACUAUGUUGAAAGUGCUCUGUAAAUACAAGUUGUUAUUGUUGUUGUACUCACCAAGUUCAGGUUUCUGUUUGUGUCAUAAAGACUAUGAUUGGUCUGACUGAUCUUAACUGCUGUUCAUGUUACACAGAUUGUAAUUGGUCUAAGUAAGCUUCCUAUUUGGUUCAUGUCAUAAAGACUUUGGCCUGAAUAGGCUCAGUUAUUCAGUUUAUAUUGUACACUCUGACAUUGGUAUAAGAAGUUUAAUCUUUUCUUUAUUCCUUCUGUGGGGGGAGAAAUCACUUUUGCUUCACAAUAAUAUUAAGAUAUGAUUUUGUUUUAAAUUGAUUUUCGCAUCUUUUACUUUUUGGUCAUCCCUCACUUUUUUGUGAUAACUUUACAGAAGGAUGCUUCAUAAAUUGCAUAUCUUCCAGGUACAAAUAGAAAUGUAUUAAAAGUGAUUGACACAAAACUGCAAGCUCUCAAUAUCUGGCUGCCAUACACAGGCCCACUUUUCAACUCCUCAUUGGCCUCAAUUCCAUUAGUGGCAAUGUUGCUAGACUUAGUUUAAGGCCCUAGGCUGGGAAAGAGGGAACAUCAGCCUGGUUUUCUACAUCAGUUCACUACUGAGGGAUGGAGGGUGGAAGCAAUAUUAUAUAUAGUGAGGGCUGGGGUGGACUGUAGAAAGGAGAAAGUGGUGGUGAUGAGACAAGAUCAUUGUUGAACACUAUUUUCAUGCUGUCUCAGUUUUCCCAUCAUGUAUCAUAUUUGAGAGAUGACCAGUGAUUGGGGAACAUAGGAAACAGGAAUAUAGGCCAUUUGGCUGAUCAUCUACCUCUCCACUACUUCUUCCCCUGCAUCCCCAUCUCCUUUGCUGUCAUUAGUACCAAGAAAUGCCACAGGGUGAAGAAUUUCAUAGAUCUACCACUCACCAAGCAAAGAAAUUCCUCCUUAUUUCUGUAUUCAAUAGCCUCCCCUUAACUCUGAGGUGUUGACCCCCAGUCCUGGACUCACAAGUAUAUUCACAUCUUCCUACAGAAGAAUUCUGUAAGGUUCAAUGGGAUCACCUUCCAUUUUUCAAAAUUCUAGGGAAUGCAGGCCCAGUUUCCUCAAUCUCACCUCGUAAAAUAAUCCAGCCACCCUAGGGAUUAAAUCUGAUGAACUUUCACCACACUCCCUCUGUGGCAAGGAGACCAGACGUACACAGUACGCCAGAUGCAGGCUCACCAAAACUCUAUACAAAUGCAGCAAAUCAUAUUCUAUGCUCAAAUCCCCUUGUGAAGGCAAAAUAUACCUUUUGCCUUCCUCAUUGUUUGUUGCCCCUGCAUAUUAGCUUUUAGUGACUCACUGACAAGGACAGCUGCAGUCAGCUCUGAUUAUUUAAAUAAUAGUGUUUUUUUUACCAAAAUGGAUUCACUCAUUCAUCUUAUUUUCCAACCGCCAUGUGCUUGCCCAUUUGCUCACCUUGUUCAAAUCCCUUUGAAACCUCCAUAACUCCCACCUAAUUGUGUGACAUUAGAAAAUAUGGAAAUAUUGUGCUUGGUCCCUGCACACACACACAUCAGCUCUGUAGUGUGAGCUGCCUUUGAAAUUCUCUAGGACUGUACUUGACAUCAGAUGGAGAUCACAGGGAUGGGGGAGGACUCCACAGAGAGAGAAAAAAGAAUGAAAUUCUACUUCAACUGGAAUGCACAGAUAUUUUACUAAAGGAUAAAUUGCCCAUUCUUCAGCUGUGAACACACAAUUGUGAACAGCCAUAUCAGGGGGAAUUCUCUGCACAAUGCAAUGGGGUGGAUCAAAAAAUAAUGGAAUGGAACAUUCUCACUGGGAUAAAACACUCAUAAAUUUAUCAAUCCAUGAGGAAGUUGCUGAAUCCAGUCUCCUCAUUAGAAUUAAUUGUACAAAACUCUUUUUACAAAGGAGUUUUAGUAUUUUCAGAAAAUAAAUUAUGCAAAUUUAUCCUGAACCCUCCAAUUUAAUGAAAAUUGCACCAUUUAAGAAGAGCAAGGCACAAGGGAAGGUCACAAUCUCCAAAGUUCCCUGUUUGUGUUCACAAACUAUCCUUACUUGAAAAUAUUUUCUCUGUUGUUUCCAAUACAAUAAUUUUUGGAAGUCCCUAUGUAACAGCACUUGCAUGUGCACUGCAGUCAUGUUUUCAAAAACAAUUCAGAAUCUGCAAUAAAUUUCGGCCUUGCCAGUGAAACUCUGAUCCGGUCAGUAUCUAACUGCUGCCCACUGCUCCAUGUUGGGAAGUGUCACAAUGUAAAAGUCUGAGUUAAGGUUAGAGUUUUAAUUUAGUUGGAGAAAUAAAUGACACCAACUGUCUCAGCUUAUGGAUGCUUUGCAAAACCAGUUUUGGCAUAUGGGCUGGUGAAACACUAUUCUUUGAAUGUUCAAGCCUGCUGGAUUGGUAAGCCCCAGUGACUGAUUUCCAAAGUAGCAGGCAUGUAGUUUUCUGCUGGCAAUCUACAUGCUGGAAUCUCUUCAUGAAUUCAAAUGGAAGUUGUUGCGCAGCAGUUUCGGAUGGAUCUAAAAAGAUCCAUGGUACUGUUUCAAAGAACAGCAGGUGAGUUCACUGGUGUGCUGGCCAAUAUUUAUGUGUCAGCUGAUUUCAUUGCAACAGAACAUUUUGUCAUUGUCAUAUUGCUGUUUGUGGGAGCAUCUGGUGUUUAAAUUGGUUGUUGCACUUCUUACAUUACAAAGUGACUAGACCUAAUGAAAUAAUCUGCUGUAAGACACUUUGGUAUGUCUUGAGAUCAUUGGAAGGCACAGUUUAAAAUGCAAGUACUUUCUUUGACCCUCCAAGUGUGGGAUCUAUGACAAUAAUUAACUGUAUACUGCAUCAGCCAAAGAGAAUGACAUUCUGGUAUAUUAAACCUAGCACGUCUACUGUCACUCAUGUGGCUGUUUCACAUCAAAUGCAAACCUCCUUAACCAUUAGUAAGGGGUGCAGUUGCAUCAUAAAGUUGCCUAACGAUUCAAGAAUGAUACAGUUAUGUCCAUCUGCACCAGUUGUAUCACAAAGAUUACAUCGUGUGGUAUGUGUGCUAAAUAUGAGCACGUUCCUACUUUAUGCUUGCUGAUAGUUUGUUUUCCUAAUGCUGCUCUUUGAGAUAAGUGUACUGAAAACAUAUAAGCACUAAUCAUGUUACAGCUUCUGAAUUUAGAAUUAUACUUAUUACUACUUCACCAAUAAAUGAACU